AGCUCCCUUGGCAUGUGCUUUGUGUUAUCCUUUCUGGUUGGAAAAUAGAAUACAUAAUUUAAGAGCAUCUCUGUACAGGUGCUUGGCGAGGAAAAUUUGUUCAGAAGCUGACCUGGGUUGGUCCUGAAAUAUUUUAAUGCCUUUUUUAACUAUCCCCAAUUUCUUAAUUCUUAAUCCAUCCCAAGAAAUUAGCUUUUUUUAAUCGAAGGUUUCGGUUUAGAUUAUUGGGUUUACAGUUCAUACCUUGUCAUCAGUACGCGUAUCGUAUCUGAGUUGAUAUCUUCCGUUCUUCUCCUCUGUGUAUUUGCUUACUUCGCAGUCCGAUCUGCAUCUUGUUUUGCGGGGCACGCAGCCAGACAUUCUCACGGAUCAAGUUGGAUGAAGUUGAUCUGAAGCCAGUUUCGUUUUUUUGUUUUUCUGCAAAUUACUGGGUGGAACGACCUUGCUGAUUUCUUUGUGUAGUGUGCUGUAGUGUCCUCCUUUGGAGUUCAAAUAUGGUUGUGAGAAAGAGAGCUUACUAAAUUUGAGAUCUCGGUCUGAGAAAAAGGUUUUGGUGGCCAAGAUAUGGCGUCUGGUGGAGGGAGGCGUCAUCAUCAUAAUCUUGUGCCUCUUGCUGCAUUGAUAAGCAGGGAGAUGAAGAGUGAGAAGAUGGAGAAGCCCACAGUGAGAUAUGGACAUGCUGCACAGUCUAAGAAAGGGGAAGAUUACUUUUUAAUAAAGACUGAUUGUCAGCGAAUACCUGGAAGUUCUUCAUCACCAUUUUCUGUAUAUGCGAUCUUUGAUGGUCACAAUGGAAAUGCUGCAGCAAUUUUUAGCAGAGAAAAUUUGUUAAAUCACAUUUUGAGUGCCCUUCCUCAACGUAUUGGAAGAGAGGAGUGGCUUCAGGCAUUACCUAGGGCAUUGGUUGCUGGGUUUGUGAAGACUGACAAGGAGUUUCAGAGCAGAGGAGAAACUUCUGGCACUACAGCAACAUUUGUGAUAGUUGAUAGAUGGACUGUGACGGUAGCAUCUGUUGGAGAUUCCCGUUGCAUACUAGACGCCCAAGGUGGCCCUAUUACUAACUUAACUGUUGAUCACAGACUUGAAGAGAAUAUUGAAGAGAGAGAACGUAUUACUGCAAGUGGAGGUGAAGUUGGAAGGCUUAGUAUUUGCGGUGGUGCUGAGAUUGGUCCUCUUCGUUGCUGGCCAGGGGGUCUGUGCCUUUCUCGGUCAAUUGGAGAUGUGGAUGUAGGGGAGUUUAUAGUUCCAAUACCGUAUGUCAAACAAGUGAAGCUGUCAAAUGCUGGUGGGAGGCUUAUAAUUGCUUCGGAUGGCAUCUGGGAUGCUCUAUCCUCAGAAAUGGCUGCAAAAUCUUGUCGGGGUUUGCCUGCUGAACUUGCUGCUAGGCAGGUUGUGAAGGAAGCAUUAAGGACAAGAGGUUUAAGGGACGAUACAACUUGCAUAGUAGUUGACAUAAUUCCUCCUGAUACUGGAGUGCCACCGCCUCCUCCCCCCAAAAAGCAGAGUAAAUUGAGAGCUUUACUGUUCAGGAAGAAAUCCAGUGAUCCUGCUAGUAAGCUGUCAAAGAGGCUUGCAGCUGUUAAUAUAGUAGAGGAAUUGUUUGAAGAAGGAUCAGCAAUGCUCGCUGAAAGAUUAGGGAACGAAGGGAAUUCAGGGGAAUCAACCUCUGGGAUUUUUGUGUGCGCAGUGUGCCAGAACGAUAUUGCUUCAAGUGAAAGCAUAUCUGUUCAUGCUGGCUCCAUUUUCUCUACCACCACUAAGCCUUGGCAAGGCCCUUUUCUUUGCGCUGAUUGUCGCAUCAAGAAGGACGCCAUGGAAGGCAAGCGUCCUAGCGGAAUUAGAGUCUCGUAGCUUUUCUUUACCUAUUCACUCUCAUUUCCCCCCGUUUUUCUUGUAGUUAUGAUUUUUAUAGGUCAAAUAAUUGCUUAGAUCCCACUAUUAAGUAGUGACGGAUGUAUAUGUAUGAAUUUAGAAUCGGGGAUAUGGGUCAGCCCCUCCUACAAUGCGGUCCUAUAGGCCUAAAAUUUUAGAAAUAUCUUGUUUUGCUUGACUCAACUUUUAAACUGGCAGGCUCAAAACUGGCCUGCGGGCUUUUAGCCUGUUUUAAAAAA